AUGCUCAAAUACUUGAGUUUGAUCUCUGCCCACUUCAAAUGGGCAUUGAAUUUCUUGAUUCGGAAUCCUCUCUUCCAAUACCAUGAUCACCUUUACAAGCCAGAAGAUCAGUUUGUUGAUGAUGAAGAAGUAAGCACAGGGCAGUACUACAAGUGCGAAGCAAGCUGCAGUGAAGCCAUAGAAUGUGCAGUUUGUCUGAGUAAGAUUGAACAAGGAGAAGAGAUGAGAGAGUUGAGAAGAUGUAAGCAUAUGUUUCAUAGAGUUUGCUUAGACAGAUGGGUUGCUUACGGCCGCAUGACUUGCCCUCUUUGCAGGGACUCGCUUGCUCCUCGAAGACUAAUCUCCGAGCUUGGAGGGCAAGUGUUAGUGUUCAAGUUUUCUUCUUUCAUUGGCUCAGAUGAUCGUCACACUUGGUGGCUGCGAUAG